CAUUUAAGAUGAGAAGGUACGAACUGUUGAAACGGGUUGUUGCAGAACUUGUUUUAUAAUUGGAUAAAAAACAGCAAGAUGAAAAACAUUGUAUUUUGGAGACAGCUUACACUUAUCUCAUUCUUUGGUUUUGACUGUAGUUUAUCCUACUGGCCUGACGAACCCAUAAACAGUAUCAAGACAAGAAGAGCAAUUUUUACGUCACAUACGCAGGUGUUUAAGGUUCGAAUAGGAGGAGAAGUAACAUUUCCUUGUGCAGUAGCAAAUUUAGGAAAAGAUGUGAUUACUUGGUCAACCGGAGAUCGUCUUCUUACUGCUGGUCCAGUGAAGGUGUACAACGAGGAGAGAUUAAUCCAUAAUCAUAAUGGGAGCGAAAUUACUUUACGGGACGUUCAACCCCGUGAUACGGGUCAAUUCUCUUGUCAAGUAAACAAUAUCAAGGAACCAAUGGUGCUCAAACAUACUCUAGAUGUUCUAAUACCACCCAGAGUUGUUGCACGGAACCCUGAAAUAUCUGUAUCAGUAUUUGAAAAUGCCGAACUUGAAUGUUCUGGUCACGGUAACCCACAGCCUCAUAUCCGAUGGAGAAGAAAGGAUGGAGCACCAUUAUCAUUGAGUUAUGGUGAGGUAGAGGGGAACAGGCUGUAUUUACAGAGGGUUGGUAUAGAGGCUAGUGGAGAUUAUCAAUGUAUUGCAGAGAACGGAGUAGAAAGGAUGGAUGGAAAACCUGCUUUAGAAACCGUCAAGCUCACCGUUAACUUUCCUCCCGAAAUAGAUCUGGAGACACAACAAUACUACCCAAAGAUCCGACAAGAGAAGCUAGAGAUGACAUGUCACGUGAAAGGUGAACCAUCCCCUGAUGUAAACUGGAGGCGAGGGAAGCGUGUGCUGAGUGGGCAUGAUCAGGGAAAGUAUAAGAUGUCGACAAACACAUAUACAGGUCUCCAUACGCUGUCUCUAUUCCAAGUAACAGAAGAAGAUCUAGGGAACUAUACUUGUCAUGCAGCUAACAGAUUGGGCUGGUCAGAGCAAACUAUAACAGUCUCAGGAAAACCUCUUCGACCUCUAUUACUUCCGGGACACCUGGAGAAUAGAAGAAGUUAUAAACUCAGAUGGAUGAUUGAAUCUGCCUUUCCAAUUCGAGGACACAAUAUAUACUACAAACUGGUUAGACCAGGUGAGGAUAGAUUGGAGUGCAGUGAGGAUGAUAAGGAUGGGACGGAUAGGUGUAUAAUGCUCAGGAUGGAUGGAAGGACUGGCGAGAGGAUAGAGUUUAAUAUCAAGAAAGAAAUGGAAGCAGUGCUGAGAGAUUUAAGACCAGAAUCCAACUAUAUACUCCAAGUGCAGACAAUUAACGAUUUUGGAGUGAGCGAAUGGUCAGAAGUUCACAAAUUUAUAACUAUACCAGAACCGGUUUCAGCUCUAGCUCCUUGGUCCCCUUUCUACUCUUCCUCCUGUAUCCCUGUACCCCUGCAUAUACCUCUCUACCCUGUUCUAUUGCUGCUGUUUGUAUCUCCUUCUCUAUCGUAGAUAUUCUCAAAUUUUGGGUUAAAAGUAAGGAGUCGUGGUAAUUGUAAGGGGGGUUUGGAGAUAUUCCUAUUUUAUUGGUACUAGAUCUAUAGUGAUCUCAUUUCGAUAAGAACUAGCUGAAGUGCAAGGGCGUAUACAGAAAUAAAUCUUGGGGGGGAGCUCCUGGGGUGGGGAGCAGGCAAAAUUUGAACUGUAAAUUAAAAACAUUUGGCUUCUUGGAUAUCAGGCAUAAGUAUAAGAUACUUUAAAAGUACA